CCCAGCAUGCCUCUCGAAGUGGACUCUACUUCCCGUGGUGCGUUGCGUCCGGUUACGGGAGCCGACAGGAGGCACCUCCCAUCAGGUCGCGAAUGCCACUAGCAACGAACAAGAAUUGCCCGGCCGUGCUGGGCCUCCGGCAGCGAAAGACACUCAGGCUGGCGAGUGGUCCUGCCUUGGCUCCCUCCGCCCGCGCGAGCCCAAGCCGGUUCUGGAGCCCCCUCGCCUUCGUCACUUUCCUAACCUUUGCUACCCGUUUCUACCGGCUGCGGGAGCCGCCGCACAUCUGCUGGGAUGAAACACAUUUUGGAAAGAUGGGGAGCUAUUAUAUUAAUCGGACAUUUUUCUUUGAUGUCCAUCCACCUUUGGGAAAGAUGUUAAUAGGACUUGCUGGCUAUCUGAGUGGCUAUGAUGGGACUUUUCCUUUCCAGAAGCCUGGGGACAAAUAUGAACAACAUAACUAUGUAGGAAUGAGAGGGUUCUGUGCCUUCCUUGGUUCAUGCCUGAUCCCCUUCUGUUACCUCACAGUACUAGAGCUGUCCAAAUCAUUGCCUGCAGCAGUAAUCACUGCUACCAUCCUGAUUUUUGACACUGGAUUCAUUACAAUCUCACAAUACAUUCUGCUUGAUCCCAUUUUGAUGUUCUUCCUCAUGGGAGCUGUACUCAGUAUGGUCAAAUAUAAUUCCUUUUCAAAUAGGUCCUUUUCUGCCCCCUGGUGGUUCUGGCUGUGUUUGACUGGGGUGAACCUCGCUGGUGCAAUGGGGGUGAAAUUUGUUGGUCUUUUUGUUGUCCUUCUGGUUGGCCUGAAUACUGUCUAUGAACUUUGGGAGUUACUGGGAGACCUUAGUCUGUCACUGAUCACACUGGGGAGGCACUUCUUGGCUCGUGUGCUUUGUCUCAUUAUACUGCCUCUUGCCCUCUAUACUGCUCUUUUUGCAGUUCAUUUUGCAGUGCUAAACAGAAGUGGGCCUGGUGAUGGUUUUUUCAGCUCUGGAUUUCAGUCCCGGCUGAUUGGAAACAACCUUCAUAAUGUAUCUGUUCCAGAAUAUGUAGCAUAUGGCUCUGUGAUAACAAUGAAGAACCUUCGCAUGGCAGGAGGAUACCUUCACUCACACUGGCACCUGUAUCCUGAAGGAGUGGGAGCAAGGCAGCAACAGGUCACUGCAUAUUUACACAAAGACUUGAAUAACUUGUGGAUAAUAAAGAAACACAACUUGAAUAGAGAUCAUUCAGAUCCUUCCUUCCCUGUGGAUUUUGUGAAACAUGGAGAUAUUAUCCGUCUGGAACACAAAGAGACAUCAAGAACUCUGCACAGUCAUCAACAUGAAGCCCCCUUGACAAGAAAACAUCUUCAGGUCACUGGAUAUGGCACUAAUGGAACUGGAGAUUCCAAUGAUUUCUGGCGAAUUGAAGUUGUAGGAAGAAAGGAUGGGAAACGUAUCAAAGUCCUACGUAGUCAAAUCCGAUUGAUUCAUCUAACAACAGCCUGUAUCUUGGGUUCAACUGGAAAGACACUACCCAAAUGGGGCUGGGAACAAGUGGAAGUCACUUGCACUCCAUAUCAGAAGGAGACUCCAAAUACUCUUUGGAAUAUUGAAGAUCACAUUAAUUCCAGAUUGCCCAAUAUCAGUUUGGAUGUUCUGAAACCUUCCUUUCCAGAAAUACUGCUGGAAUCUCACAUGGUUAUGAUCCGAGGAAAUAGUGGCCUUAAACCAAAGGAGAAUGAAGUCACAUCAAAACCCUGGCACUGGCCAAUCAAUUACCAGGGUCUGCGUUUUUCUGGUGUCAAUGAAACAGACUAUAGAGUUUAUUUGCUGGGAAACCCGGUGAUUUGGUGGAUGAGUCUAAUUGCUAUUGGACUAUAUCUUACAAUGAUAAUAUUUAUAUCUGUGGCUGUGAAGCGAGGAGUUCAGCUGACAGCUGAACACAAAGAGCUUGCUCAAGUCUUGCUGCAUGGCGGAGGAAGGAUUAUGUUGGGAUGGUUUCUCCAUUACUUUCCUUUCUUCAUGAUGGGCAGAGUGCUCUAUUUCCAUCAUUACUUCCCUGCCAUGCUUUUUUCCAUCAUGUUGACAGGGAUUACGUGGGAUGUAUUCUUGAAAUUCUGUGUUGGGUUUCUUUCAACCAGCAUCCAAGCUAGGAAGAUUUAUAACUGUGGGAUAGCAGUGUUGGUUGUGCUCAGUAUAUAUAGCUUUUACCUCUUCCAUCCUCUCUCCUAUGGGAUGAUAGGACCUCUGGCUUCUGAUCCCAGGAGCCCAAUGGCAGGUCUUAAAUGGCUGGAAACAUGGGAGUUUUAGAUCCAGCUGUUUUAAAAAAAGAGAACGUAAUAAAACAGAAAAAUAGAUGUGGUGGAUCGUUUGUGUCCGUUUGAUGAGAGCUAUGAAGAAUCUGCUCUUAAACAUUUUUGAGUGGAGACAGUAAACUAUUGAAGAAGGAGGCAACAGUGAGGGAGAAUGUCUGACAUGAGGGCCUACAGGUCCAGUCAUUUAAGCCAGCUGCUACUUUAAAAUUUGAACCGUCCAAGCAAUAUUUAAACAGUCAAGCUGUCUAUCAAGAUACUCUACAGCAAUGUCAUUUGUGAUUUUGAGGAUGCAUGUGUUUCACAAAGAUGUAGAUUAUGCAGUCUGUUUCUGUUAAAGUGUGACAUGACACACAGGGAAUAUCAACUGUGCUUCGACAGAAAACAGGUCUGUGGACAAUGUGAUAGUUUAUAAGCAGUAACUUGUGAUGUUUUUAAAAGGAAAUGUCUGUGUGUGUAUACACACAUAUAUCCUCAAGAGUCACCUGUUUGGUGCUUUGAUCUUAGAUGAUCGGACUUAAAUGUUUCAGCUGGUUGAAGUUUCUGUGCAUUCCUUUCUUCUAAGACAAAAAGCAACAAGUUAUUCCUAUUUUUGCAUUAUAGUUUUAUCUCUGAAUACUAACUACUAGUUGCAGCUUAAGAGAAUCUUACAGCUACCUGGAAGACUCUCAUGGAGGUUUAAAUACUAGCAUUCUAGUCAUCACACCACUCUUUGGAGAAUUUUUUUUUUUUUUUAAGUAGAGAGAUGUUAUGGUUUUGGUCUCCUGCUCUAAAUUCCUCUGAGAUGCCUUUUGAGCACGAUGCAAAGCUGCUGAGAUUACAUAACAGCUUAAAGCAUUUUCUGGGGCUGGCAUUGAUCUGAUUUGUCCCAUCACCUGAGGGAAAGCUGACAUGAAUGAAUGUAGAUUGUGCAAAAUAAGCUGCUAAUACUGGGUUAUUCUUCGUUAAAUGCAUAAUAAUUUUGAGGAGAACUCUUUUCCUCUUGCUAUAAUAAGCUAUCUAGAAAAAGUUAUUGUAGUUUCAGGGUAGCUUGACAAUAGAACAAAACUCUUCAGCUGGAUAAAGGAGAGAAUUUUUCUGGUGGGAUGUGAAAGAAAUUCUGUAAAACAGUCUGAUUGAUAAACAUUUCACUUUCAACUUGUGUGCAACGCACUAGAAUUUUCCAGAAUGAAUUUGGCUUUAGUUAUUACAUUGAACACAUUGAGAUCACUUUUGCACCUGUGUCAAGCUUACUGAGUUAUUCCAGUAAUUUAUUUUAGCAUGUGUAUAAAACUUUGAAGCUUCCCACUUUCUAUUCCUCAUGUCAUCAUUCAUCUAAUGGCUAUCUCUGUUGGCAUGGAGACUAACUGCUGAUAUCCCCAUGAUGUGAUUAUGAUGAGUGAAGGUCAGACGCCCAGUUCCAAAAAGAGAGGAAAUGUGACUGUGCUUAUUAGUCUGGCCUAAUAGUAUUAGAUUGUCGCAAUGCAUUUGCGUUGUGUUAGGUUGCAAUUUUUAUCAUUUGCAGCCUUCCCAAACCUGAUGCCCUCCAGAUAUACUGGGAUUACACAAGCACAGCCCAUCCCUAUGAUGUCUGGGAACAAUGGAUAUUAUAGUCUCUGUUCAACUGGAAGGCAGCAGGUUGAGAAAGACUACUUUACAUUAUGAUAAAGUCCCAGGUUUCUUUUACUUGUCUUGUUGAGCAUUAUGGGAAAUCAUUGCAAUAGAUGGUAUAUUUCCUACAGCAGGAAUCCGUCUUUUAUUGGGUGGUGAGAGACCUCAAUGAUCAUGUGUAGAAAUAAACAGAAAAAUAGAAAGAAAUAGCAGAUACAGAUGACUGUGCUUAGAAUCUGCUGUUUCUUCUAUCAGCAGAUGCAGAAAAACAGGAAGAGGUUUUCAUCAGUAGCAAUUCAGGGGGUUAUAGGAAGAUAAUUUGAUAGGCAAGAGUGGUUAUAAGUUCUUGACCAUAUUGUAUUACAGUAUGUGUUCAAGUGUUACUCUUGAUUAGAUUUCCAAAUCAGGUUCCCAUAAAAUGGUUCUGAACUAUUCAUGUUACAGUAUUUUUAUUUUGGGAAUCUUUCUUGUAGAUUAUGUGUGUGUAGAGUAGUGUGCUCACAGGAGGGCAACCUUUUUUUUUAUCAAUUAAAAUUAUGUUGUACAAAAUAACAUUUUAGCUAUUUAAUUUAGAAUUUCAGCAAGGUUGUCUGGACCCUUUUGGAUUCUGCAGUACUCGAAUAAUUGUUUGGUUUAGCUUUGCCUGAUGUUCUGAGAAAUCUCGUCAUUCAGCACAUACGUGCUGUGGCUAAAAGGCAGUACUACGUAGAACAGCUUCUUUCUUUUGAACAUGUAUAGUUCCUUUUGAAUUUGAGGCAGUAAGACUGGCUUACCACUGUGCAAAGGGAGAUGUCAAACCUGGCAUUACUUGCUGUCAUUCACAGAAUAAUGCCAAGCAUUCCAAUAGUGCAGCUACCACUGGGUGGCCUUUUGCCUGUGUGAAGACAGGGUCAACGUCCCCCUUAGCUCUUCUGCCAUCACAGUGCAAACAGUUGGGUUCUGUGGGGAAGAGUAAUUUCAAGUGAAUGUGCCUUAGCUUAGUGUUUUGUACUCGGGAUGCAUUAAUGCAUGCUUGUGCCCAACUGUAGUGUGCCUUUCCACACAUCUGUUAUUGGCUUUCUUGAACUUUGAAAUCUUACCUUAUUAAUUUUCUUUCUUUUACUGCAUCUAAUUAAUUAAUUAGCUUAAUCCAUUCAUUGUUUUGAAGACUUUUUCUUUUUUUAGAACUCUUGAAAUAUUGUACUAAAAAUAGUAUACAGAUCAAAGAUUGAGUUGGCUGCAAAAUUUCCUUUGGAGUAGGCCAUUGUGAUUUUGCAAAAUAUGUCUAUUACAGUAUUAAAUUUCAGUGCUUUUCCAAUACUGAUACUAAUGUAUGGGAUCAUUCACUUUCCUAUCAGUUACUAAAAAUAUAUGACUCCUACAGCUGUCUCUCCUCUUCCCUUUGGUGGUCUUAAUGGAACACAGACAAUUUUACCAUGAUUGAAAGCAUGACUAAAUAAAACUUUUUGUUUUGUCCUUGAAUUGCAUAACCCUUGUUUUUCCAUACUAAGAUGGGACUACCACAUAUAAUCCCACAUAUAGGAUAAGAAAGGAGAAGUCAGCAAUAAAUUCUCAUGGGAGGGCACUAUGGCAGUGCAAUGGCCUCUCUUGACAGCAAAUCUUAAAUAGGCUUUUUAUUCUUUGGGUUAUUGGUCAAGAAAUUCAUGUCUGGAAAGAGGCACUUGAUUGGUAGGAGCCCUGAUGCUUUUAUUUAUGUAAUCUGUAUUAAAGAACUGUCAGCUAAGAGGUUACAAAACAGUGGACAAGCUUUUGUUUUCUCUAGAAUUUUUCAUCUAUUUAAAAGGUACACAGCAAGGGAAGAGGGAAGAAAUGGAUGCUAAAGCAUAGUCUUAAUAUGGUGUGUGUGAGGCGGUUGUAGACAUUCAGAUGAGGCUCUUCCAGGUACUGAAAUGGUUUCAAGAUUUGCACUCAGACUGUCUCUAUGUUUCUAUAAGAAAUAAACAAUGGUCAAUUCCCCAUUUUUUUAAAAAAAAUAUCCAGCUAUUAUUUGACACACACUCUGCCUUAGACAAAACAGUCUCCUACAUUAUGAAUUUCCUUACUGAUGCUGCUAAUCCUGAAGUUGUGAGUGUGCAUGGUUGUAAUUUGUAUAUGAUCACUGUCUGUAUAAGUUAAUGCAUGUCAUUGCUCUGCAGUGUACAUGGUACUAAUGUAGGGAAACUGCCUUUGGACUGGCGCUUUUUCUAAGGAGGAUUAACUGAUU